AUGCUAAACCUGCGGUGGCGCAUGCUAAACCUGCGGUGGCGCAUGCCACUGGGCCCAUUUCCGUGGCCUGUGGUGGGCAACGUUUUCACUACCGGCGAACAAGCCGUGGAUCUUCUUCGAGUCGUUAUCGAGACGAUCAACGAUGCCUGGUGUGCGCAUGAGAUACUAGAAAAGAAGGCACAGGUGUAUGCGUCACGCCCGCGUAUGGUGGUCUUUGGCGAGCUCGGUACCGGUCAGACGAACCUGGUGACGAUGCGGGUGCGCUCAGCUGCCGAACGAGACCAUUGGCGCAUCCACCGCAAACUGAUGCACCUCGGUGUAGGCGUGCAGGCCGUCCGCCGCUACCGUAACGUACAGAACAACGUAAGCAAGGCUGUGGCACUCGAAUUCCUCUGCGAGCCAGCCGCAUUUGUUCGCCACCUGGAGCGUCAUGCCACCAGCGUUGUGUCUGUGCUCGUCUUUGGUCGUCGUGUGCCCGCUUUGACGAUCCCAUCACCGAGGUCAUUUGCCCUGAUGCAGCUCGCCGCCGACCUCAACGUGCCCGGAAGAUCUGUCUCCAUGCCCAUGGAGACCUUUCCCAUCCUGGCCCGCUUCCAGCGCUGGGUCCCGUGGAUGCGUGGCAUCAGGAAUCGCAACCAGAAGGGAGGCCAUUACUUCUUCCACUUGCUCGCCCAGGAGGCCGUCGAGCAGCAGUCAGCCGAACCGACCGAGGACAAGGUCGGCAUCCCGCGCCCCUUUGCAGAUGCCCUCUUCACCGAGGCCCUCAAAUACGACUUGGCGACAGAGGAGCUCUCUAGUUUGACGGGAAGUCUCUUCGGCACUUGCUCUGACACCACCUCGAGCACGCUUGUCACCUUUGUCCUAGCCUGCUGCGCCUUUCCCGAGCCCAUGAGGCGGGCACAGGCCGAGCUGGACCGUGUUUUUGGCAGCAGCCGCUCUCCUGAUUGGGAUGACUCCGACAAACUGCCCGGUCAGGCCCUCGCAGAGCAAGGCGUCUGGAUCGCCGUCGCCCGUCUGCUAUGGGCCUUUACCAUCCAAAAAGCCCGCGAUCCCAACAGUGACCUUGAUAUCGAUGUCGACAUCUUCGCCUUUACCAACGGCCUGAACAUGCGCCCACAGCCCUUCCGCUGCGAUACUCAGCCGCGGACGCUUGAGAUCGGUGCGACGAUCGAGCGCGAAGGCAGGGAAGCUUUGCUUGCCUUGAAGCCACUGGAUGGUGAGAGCAGAUACCGCAUGAGCACCUUCUACCAGGCGCAGAAGCGGAAAUUGGCCAAAAAUCCCAUCAUCGAUGAGGUUGAACAAGUGCGGUCUUGA